AUGGCACACCCUCUCCUGGCGCGCAAGUAUGUCGAUGGCAUCUACAUCCCCCUAGGCCUGCUCGUCUUCGGCACCGCCAUUGUGAAGACCGCAUGGACCGGCUACGCAUUGCUGGUGGGCAUUAUCCUCAGCGCCCUCAAGUUUUACAACAGCGUCCCCAAAGCUGUCCUCAAACCUGACGCUUUCCAAGAGUUUGAGCUCAAGGAGAAGACGAUUAUCUCGCACAACGUCGCGAUUUAUCGAUUCGCCCUCCCCACACCGACCGACAUCCUCGGCCUCCCGAUCGGCCAGCACAUCUCCAUCGGGGCAGCGCUCGCGCAGGCCGAUGGGACGACGAAGGAAAUUGUCCGCUCCUACACGCCCAUCUCCGGGGAUCACCAGCCGGGCCACUUCGACCUCCUGAUCAAGUCAUACCCGCAGGGCAACAUCUCGCGGCACAUGGCCUCGCUGGCGGUCGGUCAGACAAUUCGCGUCAAGGGACCCAAGGGCGCGUUCGUGUACACCCCCAACAUGGUUCGCCGCUUCGGUAUGAUCGCUGGCGGCACGGGCAUCACCCCCAUGCUGCAGGUCAUCAAGGCCAUCGUCCGCGGCCGCGAGUCCGCCAACGAUCGCACCGAGGUCGACCUCAUCUUUGCCAACGUCACCGAGCAGGACAUCCUGCUGCGCGAAGACCUCGACGCCCUCACCAGCCAAGACAAGGGCAUCCGCGUACACUACGUUCUCGAUAAGCCGCCUGCCGGUUGGGAAGGCGGUGUUGGCUACGUCACCGCUGAGAUGGUUCAGAAAUAUCUCCCGAAGCCCGCCGAUGAUGUCAAGAUUCUGCUGUGUGGCCCGCCGCCCAUGAUCAGCGGUCUUAAGAAGGCUACCGAAUCUCUCGGCUUCAAGAAGGCUCGCCCCGUCAGCAAGCUGGAAGACCAAGUCUUUGCUUUCUAA